AUGAUUGUGAUGAUUGGUGAUGAUCCUGAUUUGGGUUUUGUUUAUCUUCAGAUAGUUUCUCUGUUGGUGGAAUCACGAGUUGAUAUUAAUCUCCGGAACUACCGUGGACAUACAGCUUUGAUGCAAGCUUGUCAACAUGGUCAUUGGGAGGUUGUUUUGUUUCUGAUUCUUUUUGGUGCUAAUGUUGCGAAGAUUACUAGGAAAGAGUGGAAGAACUUCUACGCAGAAAAAGACUUUCUACAAAAAGUUGUGGCAGAGAGUUAUGUGCAGUGGUCUCCUUUAGGUACAUACCUUGUGACACUUCACAAGCAGGGGGCAGCUGUUUGGGGUGGUACUGAUACAUUCACGCGUCUCAUGCGUUAUCAGCAUUCUAUGGUCAAACUUGUUGAUUUCUCGCCAGGUGAGAGAUAUCUUGUAACUUACCAUAGCCAAGAACCAAGCAAUCCGAGAGAUGCAAGUAAAGUAGAGAUUAAGGUCUUUGAUGUGAGAACCGGGAGGAUGAUGAGAGAUUUCAAGGGUAGUGCUGAUGAGUUUUCAAUUGGAGGACCUGGUGGUGUUGCUGGCGCCUCUUGGCCUGUUUUCAGAUGGGCUGGUGGAAAAGAUGAUAGAUACUUUGCCAAGCUUAGCAAAAACACCAUCUCUGUCUAUGAGACUGAGACUUUCAGCCUAAUAGACAAGACAUCCAUGAAGGUUGUUGAUAUUUGCUGGUCUCCCACUGAUUCCAUCCUUUCAUUGUUUGUUCCUGAACAAGGUGGUGGAAACCAACCUGCUAAGGUUGCUCUAGUCCAAAUCCCGAGCAAGGUGGAGCUGAGGCAGAAGAAUCUCUUCAGUGUGAGCGACUGCAAGAUGUACUGGCAGAGUAGUGGAGAGUAUCUUGCUGUUAAGGUUGAUCGAUACACAAAAACUAAGAAGAGCACAUACUCUGGAUUUGAGCUUUUCCGUAUCAAAGAAAGGGAUAUUCCCAUCGAGGUUCUUGAGCUGGAUAACAAGAACGACAAGAUCAUUGCUUUCGCUUGGGAGCCCAAGGGUCACAGGUUUGCUGUGAUUCAUGGUGACCAACCAAGACCAGAUGUCAGUUUCUACUCGAUGAAGACCGCACAAAAUACUGGAAGGGUUUCAAAGCUCGCAACGUUGAAGGCCAAACAAGCCAAUGCCCUCUUCUGGUCGCCCACAGGAAAGUACAUCAUUCUUGCUGGGUUAAAAGGUUUCAAUGGCCAGCUUGAAUUUUUCAACGUGGAUGAGCUCGAGACAAUGGCAACAUCUGAACACUUCAUGGCCACGGAUAUCGAAUGGGACCCAACUGGAAGGUACGUUGCAACCGCAGUGACAUCAGUUCACGAGAUGGAGAAUGGGUUCACCAUGUGGUCUUUCAACGGGAAUUUGGUUUACCGGAUACUGAAGGAUCAUUUCUUCCAGUUGGCUUGGCGUCCAAGACCGCCAUCAUUCUUAACUGCAGAGAAGGAAGAAGAGAUAGCAAAGAACCUGAAGAAGUACAGCAAGAAGUAUGAGGCAGAGGAUCAGGACGUAUCGUUGCUGUUGAGUGAACAAGACAGAGAGAAGAGGAGGGCAUUGAAGGAAGAAUGGGAGAAAUGGGUGAUGCAGUGGAAGUCUCUGCAUGAAGAGGAGAAACUCGCGAGAAAAAAUCUUCGGGAUGGUGAAGUUAGUGAUGUGGAAGAAGAUGAGUAUGAAGCCAAAGAAGUUGAGUUUGAGGAUCUUAUUGAUGUCACUGAGGAAAUCGUUCAAGAGUCGAUGUAAGUUUCUCGGUCUCUUUUGUUACCAUCUCUUAGUGUUCUUCGGAUCUCUUAGACUUCACAUUCUCUAAACUUGGAAGAGAAAUUUUGUUUCCUUGGAUAUUGUUAUCAUUAUUAAGUUUUCGUAAUUACACUUGAAGGGUUAUAACAUUCUUA